AUUUCCGAGCAUGACAGAUAUGAUAUGUAUUAGGAAUAUUGUGAUUUAGGAAUUUGGAGAAAAAGUUUUGGGUGUGGACCAUUGAACCAUAAUAUUGUUUGGAAAAUGUGAAUGAACAAUUGAUUCAAUGUUUUCGAUACAAUUUGAACCUAUGAUAAUAUCAAUUUUACUACAAUUUUUUAAUAAUCUUUAACUGAGGAUAAAUAGGUGUUCCAAUAUUUCUUUUCAAUACACAAUAUGCCUUCAUUGAGAAAAAGGGUAUCAACAUAUUUUAGGCAACUCAGUUUUAAUAAUGAGCCUCGUCAGAAAAAAAACAAUAUCAACGAAAAUGCAUUUGUUACCAAAUAUUUGCAAGGACACAUUUGUGUGAAAGAAGGACCACCUAUUAUUUAUGGAAAAAAUCCAACUGAUCUUCCCAAUUAUGAAUUAGCUAAGUACGAAACAGGGUAUGAAUCAAUAAUAUCAUGUUAUUCAGGACCUCAUGGAGGUCUAACAACUGUUAAAAGAGUAGAGAAGCAUUUGUCAAUACCUGAUGCAGAUGAUUUUGAUUUUAUUGAUACACAAAUUGAAAAUGUACAACCAACAUUCCCAAUAAAUUCAUCAAAUAGAACACCUGGUCAGCCUGUAGAUAAUACCAAAAUGGUAAUCAAGGUAGCUGGUCAAAAAUAUUUUGUUAAAAAUGAUACAAAACAACAUAGGAAAAGCUUAAGUUUGGGUAGUAUAUCAGAUUUCAACAUUGAAAUAGAAAAAACAAAAAUAGAUAGGGAAUUUUAUGGAGAAUCUAAAAAUAAAAAUGAGAAAUCAAAAAAACAAAAUGAAAAACAGAGCAGAGAUGGAAUAAAUGAUAAGGAUAAUAUGGAAGAGAAAUUUUGUGUGAAGGCUAGACAUAGCCAAAAAGAGAAGAAUGUUCACAAUAGAAAUUCAGGAUUAUAUGAGAAAGAUAGUAUAAGGUACCGAUCAUCUAAGACUAGGAAAUCUCUCUCAAGGACAGACUCCCAGUCAAAUAGACAGAGCACUCAUAAUUCUCAUUCCCAGAAGAAUUUUGAAUUGGCAAAAUCAAAAAGUGAUGGGAAUCCCUACAAACAUAAGGGCACAAGAAAAGUUUUGGAAAGGCCUAAAUGCGGUAAUGCAACAUCCCAAAGUGGCUCAAAUGACAAAUCUAAACUGCCUCAGGAGUGGAAUAAGAAAAGUGAUUAUGUCUUUGGUAUAUCAGAUUCAUUAUAUGAUACAAAUUUAGUUACUAAAGUUAAAAAUGGAGAACCCAUAGCUGAUUGUUUUGGUGUCAUAUCAAGAAAGGAUUCUGUUAUUUUAGCUGUAGCAGAUGGUGUUAACUGGGGAGAAAAGGCUUGCAUUGCUGCUAAGUCUGCAAUACACGGAUGUCUUCAUUAUCUGAACAAGACUAUUUUUAAUGAUACAAAACUUUUCGAAAACUUGGUUGUUAUGACAGAUCAACAAGCUACUUCUCCUUCUAUUGCUGAACCUCUUACACAUAUUUCAAACACCAAAGAAGUGUUCAUAUGCCUUCUUAGAGCAUUCAACUGUGCCCAUGAUCUCAUACUUGAGAACAAUGGAAUGUUGACAACUUUAACAGUUGCAAUUGUUCUGCCCUUAUGUCAGGGUUCUAGGUUAUCAGGAGAGGAAGCGAACAGCGAAGAGCAAAAGUAUGUUUGCUGUGUUUGUAACGUUGGAGAUACACUGGCUUAUAUUUAUUCUGGAAAUUAUGGCAUCAGAGAACUUACCAGAGGAUCUCACGAUAUCACUUCCAACAGAGAUAUGAGAGAUGCACUCGGGGCUUUAGGACCAGUAGAUGGAAUAAAUCCUGAAUUGAGCAAUCUUACAUUAUCGAUAACUACUCUGAGCAAAGGUGAUAUAGUUAUGGUUGCUAGUGAUGGAUUAACAGACAAUUUUGAUCCAAGUGUUUGUAGAUUUACAGUGAACACAACUAAAAUCAAUCCGGCAGAUAACAAAGAGACAUCAAGCAGAGCUCAAACAACAGAAAAAAAGGAAUCUUCCAUCAACAACACUGCCUCUACUUGUCCAAUAAAACCUCCAAGAAGGAGCCAUCAGAACAGAAAUGAUGGAGUUAGUAAGGAAUCAAAACUUUUAAUGAAGUCGGAUGAGAGUUCUAAUAACUCAACAAGUAUUGUUAAGAGAACAAUGAUUGAGAAAAUCAAUGGAUCUUCAAAGGAACAUGAAGAUAAUCCAUUGAUUGCUCAUUUCAUGAAACAGAAUUCCAUUGAUGAAACAGAUAUGAAAAAAAAAACAGUACAAGAUUUAGCAGUGGGUAAAGCUAGCAAUACUGAGAAGAAACCUUCUUCCAGUGGAGUAUCUAUGAGAAAACCCUUAUCGAAUCAAAGGACACAACAACAGAAUUAUAAUUUUCUACGAUCCAAGACAACAUUAGAUUUUCAUUCGACAUCUAAGAAACCAAUCUUGAGAAAUGUAGAAGGUAUACCAUAUGUAUCACCAGUUCAGAGAUACGAGCUCCAGCUGCUGCUUAUGGAAGAUGUAUUGAAACAUGGCAUUUCUGGACAAGAGUCUCCAUGCACCACUUCCAAGAGACUUUGUGAGAAUUUGGUAGAUUUCACAAUCAGUAUCACUGCAGCUAAGAGGAGAACCUUGGAAGAUAUGGAUCUUUAUUUCGAUAAUAGAGAUGGGGUGUUAGUAGAAAUAUCACCCAUGGAAAAGAAGCACAGGAGAAAAAAAGGCCUUGAAAAAGUGUUGAACCUCCCUGGAAAAUUGGAUCAUGUGACAGUGGUAGCUUGCAAUAUUGCUCAUUUACCUGUUAAUAUUUGAAUAUUUUCUUAUAUCAGUUACUUGGAUCUUCCAAAAUGAGAAUAUUUAAUAUGUAUUUUACAUGGCAUUAACAUUUGACCUCUUUUAUUUCCAAGUUGACCAACGAUAAGGUAUUGGGAUAUUUUAAUUUAUACAUUAUAUAUCUGGAUUAUAAAUUAUAUGGAUGAUGAUAACAAUAAAUGACAUUUUUUCUAUUUGUUUGGACAUUUGAACCGCUAUCAGUGCCAUGUUGGAUAGAAACUAUUUGUUACUCAUUGUAUUUUUGUUAUGGAAUUUAUACUCAUAUUUAUUUUUUGUUCAGUUUUGUAUUCUUUUGUAGUAAUAAAAAGUUUAAUAU